GCUAGUUCAAUUAUCCUCCUGGAUGACAAUUUCCGAUCCAUCGUUACGGCGAUCGCCUGGGGACGGACGGUAAACGACGCCGUUGCUAAGUUCCUUCAGUUUCAAAUCACGGUCAACAUCACGGCCGUUAUUCUGACGUUUGUGUCGUCCAUCUAUAGCGAUUCGAAUAACCCCGUACUUAAUGCUGUGCAGCUGCUCUGGGUGAAUCUCAUAAUGGACACAUUUGCUGCACUAGCCCUAGCCACCGAUGGCCCGACAGCAGAAAUUCUGGAUCGAAAACCCGUACCCAAAAGUGCCCCACUCUUCACCAUGAACAUGUGGAAGAUGAUCCUCGGACAAACAGUCUACAAACUCGCUGUGAUCUUCAUGCUGUACUUCGCCGGGGACCAACUUUUGAAUCCACAGCUUGACAGCAACGACCCAGAUCUUCGAUCCAAACAGCUUUCCACAGUUGUCUUCAACACAUUCGUGUGGAUGCAGGUUUUCAACGAAUUUAACUGCCGCCGCCUCGACAACAAGUUCAAUGUCUUCGAGGGCAUGUUUCGAAACUACUGGUUUUUGGGCAUCAAUGCCGUUAUUGUCGGCGGACAAAUAAUGAUUGUAUUCAUUGGCGGCCAGGCAUUUCGCGUGACUCGUCUCAGUGGGAUUUUAUGGGCUGUUUGUCUCAUCUGUGCCGUGGGGUGUAUGCCGUGGGCCAUGAUCCUACGCAUAGUCCCCGACCACCGUUUUGCUUUCUUUUUCAAUGCCGUCGUCGGCAGUCUAUCGGUCAUCAUGCGGCCAUUUGUCAAGGGCCUCCAGGCCUUUAGUAGAGGUACCAAGGCUUCCUUCCGACCCGUCACCCGAUUCAUCCUCCGGGUUUCUUUUCGGCGAGUCUCAAAACACAAUGAAAAUUUUCCUGUUCAGGAGUCAACGAAUUCUCAGACUAGAGACAAGGAAGGGCCUGUUUCGAUGAUGCAGUGGCAACAGGAUACUCCUGAACGUCUUCAGGAGCCAUCGCAAGCCUCGGUGCCUCCAAAUAUAAUCACGACUUCUCCUUAA